CCAGGAAGUAGAGUGCGUUGUUUCGCUCGGUUGACGGGUCACUUGGAGACGUUUGAUCCUCGCGUGUGUUUUUAACAUUUGUUCAUUUGUUCGUUGUUUGGAGGUUUGAUCAGUCAGCAUUAAAUUCGCAACGCGUUUGCAUGGCAACCUCUUUAUCAACACACCAGCAUCCGGCACGAGAGGAGGACACGGAGAAAGAGAGACUGCUGACCUCUGUAACCUUUGACCCCAGUCCCGUUGACCUCAGCGAUGGAGGUCAGGGGAUCCGGCCCUCUCUGGACCUCCAGGGGUCGUCUCUGCAGAAAGAGGCACAGGAGGAUGAGGAAGAGGCUCUGCGCAGGAAGCUGAAGUACUUCUUUAUGAGUCCGUGCGAUAAAUACCACGCCAAGGGCCGCAAACCGUACAAGAUGGUGCUGCAGCUGAUAAAGAUCAUUUUCAUCACCAUACAGUUGGCACUGUUUGGUUUGAGUAAUCAGAUGGUGGUGAUGUUUAAAGACGAGAACACAGACACGUUUAGGCAUCUGUUCCUGCAGGACUAUCAAGACGACACAGACGGCUUUGCUGUACACACACAGAGCCAUGUCUAUCAGCACAUCAACUAUGCCAUAGAGCAGUAUCUGACUCUUCCUCAGAAAGCAGUGGGCCGCUACGCCUACGUGUUGGGGGCGAUGAACGGUAGUGCCCUCUCUCUGUGUCAGCGCUACUAUAAGAAGGGCAGCAUCGACCCGGUCAAUGAUACCUUCAAUAUUGACCCUCAUGUCACCAUUGACUGUAUAGGCAUCGAUCCUCCCCCAGACCCUUCAGCUCCUCUCCCUGAACACUACAAGAACUUCACUCUUAAAUUCCACAAACUGAUAAACGUGACCAUCGAGUUCAAACUAAAGGCCAUAAACAUCCAGACGAUCAUCAACAAUGAGCUUCCUGACUGCUACACCUUCUCCGUCACUGUCCUCUUUGAUAACAGAGCCCACAGUGGGAAAGUGAAGAUCAGUCUGCGUAACCAGGCCAUCAUCACAGAGUGCAGGGAUCCCAGUGUGUCUGGACACAAGGAGAACUACAUGCGGGUGGCGUUUGACGUGUUGGUGGCGUUAGUGUGCGGUCUCUCUCUGGCGCUAUGUGGACGAUCCAUACUCCGAGGAAUCGUCCUGCAAAACGAGUUUGUGCGCUUCUUCAGGCAGUCUCUGUGCCGGAGUGUGUGUUGGGGAGAUCGACUGGAGUUCAUUAACGGCUGGUAUUUACUCCUCAUCAUCAGUGAUGUUCUCACCAUCAUUGCCUCCUUCAUCAAGAUCGGCAUUGAGACCAAGACCCUGGCAUCCUACGAUGUGUGUGGGAUCCUGAUGGGCACGUCCACACUGCUGGUGUGGGUGGGAGUGAUUCGGUACCUCAGCUUCUUCCAGAAAUACAAUAUCCUGAUCGUGACCUUAAGAGCUGCGUUUCCAAAUGUCAUUCGCUUCUGCUGCUGCGCUGCUGCCAUCUAUAUGGGCUACUGCUUCUGCGGCUGGAUCGUCCUGGGACCCUACCAUGCUAAAUUUCGUUCCCUGUCCACGGUGUCUGAGUGUUUGUUCUCGCUGAUAAAUGGAGACGACAUGUUUGCGACGUUCUCGGAGGUGGAGCGCAGCAGCACGUUGGUGUGGAUCUUCAGUCAGCUUUACCUCUACACCUUCAUCUCGCUCUUCAUCUACAUGGUGCUGUCGCUCUUUAUUGCCCUCAUUACCGGCGCCUACGACACCAUCACCCAACAAGCCCAGGAAGGUCCUCAGGUUUCAGACUUGCACAUGUUCAUCUCUCAGUGCAUGGACACGCCCACAUCGGGAAAGUUCCAGAGCCCAGAACCUCCGGAGUCCUGCUCACUCUUCUGCUGCUUUAACUAGACAGGGAAGAGUGUUUGUGUGUGUUUGUGUGUGUGUGUGUGUGUGUGUCUGUGUGUGUGUGUGUGUGUGUGUGUGUGUGCAUGAGUAGUAUAGUGUUUUACCUUCUUGUUGUAAAUACUUGGCUGGCAUUGCCUCUGGGUCAAUAAGGGUGGAGCUUAAGUUCAUCGACCAAUCACAAACCUGAUCGUAUGACAUCAGCACAACGGUCACCUUCACAUUAGCUAACAUACUGACGGUCUCACUUGUAAAUAUUCGUCUGUCCUUAUGAAAAGCUACUUCACUACAUUGGUUAUUGUUGUGUUAAGGUAGUCUGGCUAGUUUAGCUAAUGCUGCUCGACUGUUCUGUUGUGAAAAUUAAAAGCCAGUAUUUUAUGCUAAGCAGUAAAAACCUGCUAGUUUUAAAUUGAGACACAGUUUUAACAGAUUAACUCCUUACUUAUAUUUGUGCUGUUUGCUAAUCAGGAAGACGACGGUUUCGUGACGCUAGUCGGAACAUGUAGACGUUUUCAUGUAGUUAAGGCUAACGUUUAAAAACUUUUAGUCAUUUUAGUAUAUAUUUAUUAGUGAUUUAUUACAAAAAAUAACUUCUGAGCAAAGUGUUAAUCUUGACAAACUUAUCUUGUUUUAGUAGCGGGUUUAUUUAGUGUGUUUUUUCGGUGCAACUUCCCAGUUGCCUAGCAACAGCGUUCUCCUGGGAACGACCGCACGGACAAGCUCUGAAUAAGCUCCACCCCUUUUUUUGACUCAGGGGAAGUCGUCAUUGUGUUUAGAUUGUAGCGAAAGGUUAAUUUGUACAAUCUUACGUGCUGAGCACUCAUCUGUUUCACUGGUGAUGUUUUAUUGUGAAUAAGUUAUUUAUUUAACCGUGUGUGUCGUAGUUGAUGUAACCGAGGAUGAACACAUGAACGUGUUGGGACCGGGAUAAUAAAGGGACGUAACAAAACAGUCGUAAGAUGUGAGCGAGCGGUUAAACGUGAACAAAUCCCAUGUUCAGUAACCGCAGCAUACAAACAAAUAAAAACCUUUUUAUUUAG